AUGCAGACAGCCCACUACGACAGUCCGCCCAAGUCUUACUGUAUGAAGUACGAAGGAAUGACGAUGGUGUACCCCGUACCAAGCUCGGCCCCCGAUUCCCAUACCCCUGCUUCCCCGAAACGACAAAACUGCUUGCCUCCUUCCAACUUCCAGGUGAUUCAAACCUAUGUACACUCAGGAACCAACUUUCAUAGGUCCACGGCCAUAAAUACCUCAGGUACUCACGUCCCCUUUAUCAGGGCCGAAUGUGUUAUUCGAUUCGUCCAGUCUCGAAUCUACAGGUACUUCGUAACAACGAAUCUCAUAUCCCAAAAAUCUCGCCGGUUCCCCACACCUCUUCAAGAUCCGGCGACUAGGGGACUCGAAGACUCGAAGGACACGCACGAAAAAGGAAUUCAGCCUCUGAACCAAAACCGGCACCUGGCAUGCCCGUGUCAUCCAGAAAUCUGCCCCGGGAAACGGAAUGGGCAUCAGGAGCUUUUCGAAAAUUUGAGCUUUGCCAGACUGUAG